UCCUCACGCGUGGGCCCUCAUGGCAGCACACGCAGCCCCCAGGCGCUGAGGUGGCAGAGUGCUGUCGGUCACCGCGUUGCUAAAAAGUGGGGUAAGUCGUUGAAAUCGCAGUGCCUUGGAAAUGAUUUCGUUAUUAGAAGGAAUCGUGGACUGGAACGGCAUAAGUACGACAUGCUGCUAAUAAGGUUUGGUUGGUUUUAGUUUUUUUUAAUAUUGUAGUCUCGUAUAACGCUUGCAAAGCGGUAAAAUGGAUUUUGUUGAAUUCUUAAUGGCAUCAGAUGUGACCCAGGAAAUUUACCGUGAUUCCUCUUUUGAUGAAUAUGCAUAAGGUAGAAGCUAUUUGAUGGUCAAAUACAAGUCUUGAAAUAUGGAAAGCCUCUUUUGGGUCUUAGUAUUUGCGUGGCGUGACAAGAGUAACCCGACGGUUCCCCUGCCCCCCAAAUGAAUAGCUUCUUACAGCUGUUCAUUAUAUUUGUGACAGCAGGGUGGUUAGCGUGUCACAUAAGACAAGAUAAUAUGACGCAAGGGAAUGUCGUGCUUAACACAGAAUAUCCAGAAAUCUGCUGGUGCAAUCUGCUUUCCUGUCUGCUGCAAACUUAGUGUGUGUCUUUGGGACCUGAUCAAGGACAAUCUUCAAGAGGGGAAAAGACAGCAUAGGAGUGGUACAACCUCAACAGAAUUUAGAUGCCAGACACUUUUUAUGUAUUUUACAUAGCGCAACCAUCGGCUAAAAUACACAAGCAGUCUUUGGAGCUGUGGUGGGAACUCUGCUGUCUUUGCCUGUGUUUACCUUACCAAAUAAUGCAGCACCUGAGGAACAGCAGGUGAAACUUUUACAGAAUGAAACAUGCAGUGCUGGGGACCCAGUACUCACUCAACAUAUUUUAGGGCUUUUCCUUUGAACUACUGCUCACUUCAUACACAGCCUCCCAAUAUCUGAACUCUGUGCUUUCUGUGCCACAGCAUUGGCCAUUAAGCUGGAAAGUCACGCUCGCUCUUGCUGCUGCUCCGACCCAAUCACUCUGGAGCAUUUUGCUCCCGAGUAGAAAACUUCAAACGGAGAAAAACCCCAUAUGCAGAACUGCUCCCAGUUCGGGAGCUCGGACGCUCUGUAGGGCAGCAAGGUCAUACCUUCUGGGGCUGAGGAGGGAACCAGGCAUGGACCUACUGUGUCCUGGGCAAGUUCUCUUACAACAGCAUCGUAGAUGAAAAGGAGGGUGCUAGCAUGGCUGUAAGUCUCUGCCUUCAGCAAAAAGACUUUGUUUAAGCAAAAGAUUGACGCUGUCUUUCUGGCAGGUAGAUCAUAAGUGAGUAGCUCACUGUAGGCAUUUCCUUGAUAACUCGACCUCUUGUUUUAGGUCCUCCAGAGGCCCUUUUCUGUCCCAUGCACCAUCCAGGAGAGCUGGACUGCAGACAGAUUCCACUGGGUCUUUGCUGUCUGAGCAUUUGGUAACAGUGUUGUGGUGCCUAAACACAUUUUUGGGUCUUCCUUCAGCCUCAGAUUACAGAAGCGUUGCCAAAAGUGGAGGUGGAACAUACUGCAGAGGCAUUUUAAAUACUGAUUAGUGCUUUUAAAAGGUGCGAUACUCUGAUUUGAAAGGAAUUGCAGGUAAACAAAGUUUUUGCUAUCAUAAUUUCUGGCAUCAUAACGCUAUUAAGCUCUAGACAGAAAAUUUAAAGAUGGUAAGUUCCCUAAAAAUUUAGAACUCAGGGCAAAGACAACAAACAUCUUAAGUGGAAGCUCAGAGGGAAAGAGUGAUAGAAUACUGAUCUGUAGGAUGUUGUUACUUGUUGGGUGGUGUCUGAAAGCCUGGAUUGACUUGAUAGCUUUGUUAAAAUGACCUGACAUUGCAGUUUUGUUGUUAUUUAGUUUAGUGCAACUUUCUAAAAACUACCAUCUUAAAGAUUUCUCAUAAUCUGUGUCCUCAGUAGUCAUUGAGACAGUGUUUUUCAUGAAAGCAGUUUGUCAUUUUCGUGCUUUUGAUUAUGAGGUAACGUGAAGAAGUCAAGGUAUAAAUACUAACCAUUAGAUUCUGUUGUUAAAUCAGCAUUUAAGCAGUUUGAAAAUUAGUGCGCAACCUCAUAUAGGACUCCCAGUGUCAGAAGUGUCAUGCUUUAGAAUAAUGACAGUUGCCAGCAGGCAGCUCAGCAAUACGAUUUUGACUACAAAAUAUGACACUAAUACAAUUUAAACAUGGUGCAAAAUGCUACAGGGUGAGAAAACUGAUUUAUGUGUGCUAUCAAAACCAGAUUUUAGUAUUUGGUCAGGACAAUAUAUUUCUUUGUUUGGGAAAGUUAGAAUUGUUGGGUUUAUUUUAUAAGACUUUUUGAAUGAAGACACUAAUUUUUCUUCCAAGUUUAAGCUGCUACAAUUCACUGCCUGCCGAUGCUGCAGCUCUCCUUACAGAUGCCAGCAUGCAUGUCUACAUGUCUGCUUGGAGUUAGGGAUGAGGCUGGGGAGAGCAGGUACCUCCCAUGUCCUCAGUGGCCCUGGUAGCCACUGACAGACCUACUGGAAUCAGCGGAACCUUGCCUGGUGUGCUGGUUUGGGCUGGGGUAGAGUUACUUUUCUUCAUAGUAGCUAGUAUGGGGCUGUGUUUGGGAUUUGUGCUGGAAACAGUGCUGAUAACACAGGGAUGUUUUAGUUACUGCUGAGCAGUGCUCACACAGAGCCAAGGGCUUUUCUGCUCCUCACCCCACCCGCGAGCAGGCUGGGGGGGCACAAGGAGUUGGGAGGGGGCACAGCUGGGACAGCUGACCCCAGCUGACCCAAGGGAUAUUCCAGAGCAUAUGAUGUCAUGUUCAGCAUACAAAGCUGGGGGAAGAAGGAGGUGGGGGGACGUUUGGAGUGAUGGCGUUUGUCUUCCCAAGUAACCGUGAUGGAGCCCUGCUUUCCUGGAGAUGGCUGAACACCUGCCUGCCGAUGGGAAUGAAAAAUGCCUAAAAAGAAGACUGGUGCUCGUAAGAAAGCUGAGAACCGUCGUGAGCGUGAAAAGCAGAUAAGGGCUUCAAGAGCCAACAUAGAUUUAGCCAAACAUCCUUGUAAUGCUUCAAUGGAAUGUGAUAAGUGCCAAAGACGACAGAAGAAUAGAGCUUUUUGCUACUUCUGUAACUCUGUUCAAAAAUUACCUAUUUGUGCACAAUGUGGAAAAACCAAAUGCAUGAUGAAGUCUUCAGACUGUGUUAUAAAACAUGCUGGUGUGUACAGUACUGGACUAGCAAUGGUGGGUGCAAUCUGUGAUUUCUGUGAAGCUUGGGUGUGUCAUGGGAGGAAGUGUCUCAGCACACACGCGUGUAUCUGCCCUCUCGCAGAUGCAGAAUGUAUUGAGUGCGAAAGAAGUGUCUGGGACCAUGGAGGCAGAAUAUUUGCCUGCUCUUUUUGCCACAGUUUCCUCUGUGAAGAUGAUCAGUUUGAACAUCAAGCCAGCUGCCAAGUUCUGGAAGCAGAGACAUUUAAAUGUGUUUCCUGUAACAGGCUUGGGCAACAUUCAUGCCUGCGUUGUAAGGCUUGUUUUUGUGACGAUCAUGUGCGAAGUAAGGUUUUCAAGCAGGAAAAAGGAAAAGAGCCUCCCUGCCCUAAAUGUGGCCAUGAAACUCAGCAGACAAAGGAUCUAAGCAUGUCAACACGCUCUUUGAAGUUUGGCCGACAGACUGGAGGAGAAGAUGCAGACGGAGCUUCAGGUUAUGAUGCUUACUGGAAGAGCCUCUCCUCCAGCAAGGCUGGAGAUGCAGGUGAUCGUGAGGAUGAAUAUGAUGAAUAUGAAGCAGAAGAUGAUGAUGAAGAUGACAAUGAUGAGGGAGGGAAGGAAUCUGAUACAGAGACCACAGAUGUAUUCAGCAAUUUGAAUUUAGGAAGGACCUAUGCUAGUGGGUAUGCACAUUAUGAGGAGCCUGAAGAUUAAGCUUGAUAUGCUGGCAAGCUAAAAAACACUUGGAAGGAGCCAAGCAGUGCUUCACUCGAGUUGUGUACAUGCCAGUAGGAUAGCUCUAUCAGGUACUUACAUAUCAAAGUUAGGGAGUAAAGAGUGUGGGACUUCUGCAGUAACUCCAAGUGAUUUUUUUUUUUUUUUUAUAUAAACCAAUAUUGAGUUUGGGACUGGGGGAGAAAACAGGAGUAUUUUUAUUCCACUAAGCAACCAGGGUGGAUUUGUCCUUGAGUUACUGAGUAUACUGGUUCAAUGCUGUUUUCCCAUAUCAAUACAGGAACAUGGGAGGGCUGACAAUUUGCUUAUCAGAAAUUAAGUUAUUUUUUACAAUAAUUUUGUUAACUGAUUUCAUAAAAUUAAUGUAGUGGUGGGUUGGUGACUGUUUUUUUUUGGUCUGCACAAUAAAAGUCAACUGCAUUCUCUAA